ACACAUUUUGUGUUACUUUUAACACAACAUGUGUUAUAUUUUAACACAAAAUCAACACAAAAUGAGACAUAAUGUGUUAAAAGCUUACCGUACAGUAAUGUGUAAAAAAUUAACACAUUCUUUGUAAGUGUAUAAUGACAUUAUGUACUGGCAACAUUUUUGCCAUGACUUCUUUUGUGUAUUUGUAUAUUUAAAGAAAAGCAGUACAUAUUAUAUUGCGCAUGUUUGAGUCAGGUGCAGGAAGUGACUUGCUCUGAGGUUUCCGGAUGUUUUUGGGUGUGUGCUGUGAUGGGAGGGGUUCGCUGUGUAAGUGUGUGUGUGUUUUGGGGGUAUGUGGGGUGGGUGAUAGGGUAGGAAACUCUUAUCUAUCACUGCCAAACUGGGAUAACUCAACCCCCUCACCCGAGCUCAUGCUAUAGAUGAGUAACGCUGCACUUCUAGUGUAAAUUACAUUUGUUAUAUUUUUGUGACUUUUUUCUUAUACCAAACUAUGUGAUCUUGUAAGAAUGAUUAUAUUGUGACAUUAAUUAAGAAAAAUAAGUAGCUUCUUUUGCAGCAGAACUAUGUAGACGUGAACUACAGCUUUGAAAGACUUCAGAUCGGAGGAGGAGGGUCCUUAAGGGGAAAUUAGGAGAAAUGUGGAUGAGAAACUUGUGAUAUUUUCAGCUGGCAGGAACAGAGACAAACAGCGAUGACGGUCAUAGUGAUCUUGUGCUUUUUGAUGAUUCAAGGUGCUCUUAAAGUCUCAUAUACAGGAGUUAGAGCCGACACAGUGGAUGUUUGUGCAUCUUGCCAUCGAAAUGCCACAUGUGAUGACAAAACCGAUGGAUCGGGAGGGAAAGUCUGUAAUUGCAUGUAUGGAUUUGUAGGCAACGGAAGAACUUACUGUCAAGAUAAAGACGAGUGUCAGCUGGGCCGAAUCUGUGGAGAUCAUACUGUAUGUCACAACACAUACGGCAGCUAUUACUGUACCUGUCUCACAGGCUACAGCCCAUCAAAUCACAUGACAACAUUCAUACCCAAUGAUGGGACGUACUGCCACGAUAUAGAUGAGUGCACCGUGCAGGAUAUCUGUGGUGUAGGAGCUCUCUGUCACAACACCGAGGGAGAUUUCACCUGCUCGUGCCAGACGGGUUACACCGUCCAAGAUGGAAGUGAACCAUUUAAUCCACUUCGGGAUCCAGCGUACUGCAAAGUGAUAGACUGUGGAUCUCCUCCAUCAAUCCCUCACGCUGAGCAGAUCUCCCCAACUAUAACCCACUACACCAGUGAACUCCAGUACAGAUGCAUGGAGGGUUUCCAGUGGAAGAGGGGAACAAAAUCCUCAGUUUGUGGUCUGGACGGACGGUGGGACGGACCCAGCCUGGUCUGUGAAGAAGUGGACUGUGGGGACCCCCGGUUUUUCCCUCAUUCAAAAAUAAUUUGGGAUAAAAUCUCACGAAUGGGAUCAGUGGUGGUGUAUGAGUGUGACUCGCAGUUUUAUAACAGCGGACGUGAAAACGUAUCGGUAUGUUCCCCUAACGGCACGUGGACAGACCCUGACUUCCAGUGUGAAGAGAUAAAAUGCGGUUCUCCCCCAGCCCUCCCCCAUUCAGUGUUGUUUUGGACCGGUGUCAGUAAGAUUGGUUCUGUGGUUCUGUAUAGCUGUGAAACUGGAUAUCACAGUUUGGAUACAGAAAAUGUGUCAGUGUGUAAAAGUAACGGUCGGUGGAGUGAUCCCAGAUUUUCUUGUAAAGAGAUUAUAUGUGGAAAUCCCCCUAUACUGCCAAACACGAUACAAAUCUGGAAUAGCAAAGUAACGUUUAACAGCACUGUAAAGUAUCGCUGUGAACGCGGUUACUACGCUAAACUAGGCUAUAAUAUAUCUGUGUGUGAUGGAAACGGUUAUUGGACAAAACCAACUUUGUUGUGCGAAGCUGUGAACUGUGGAGCUCCCCUCGCUCUUCCUCUCUCAGUUAUGAUGUGGAGAGGAGACAGCGGCGUCGGCUCCAAAGUGUUUUAUAAAUGCAUUGAUGGGUUUUAUAAUGCAAGAAACGGAGAUACGUCAGUUUGUGAUACAGAGGGAAUCUGGAGUCAGCCUGAUUUUCUCUGUAAAGAAGUAGACUGCGGCUCGCCCCCUUCUCUGCGUCAUUCGGUUGUAAUGUGGAACAACAGCUCCAUGGGCUCUGUGGCCUUUUAUAGGUGUGAAGCUGGAUACCACGGUGUCGGUGAAGGAAAUGUGUCAAUCUGUAACUCAAACGCAAAGUGGAGCAAAGUAUACAUGCGAUGUGAAGAGAUAAACUGUGGGCCUCCCCCAGUAUUCCCACUAACCGAUUUAAACUGGAACAAAACUUCUACACUGGGUAGCGUUGUUGAAUACAAAUGUAAAUAUGGAUAUAAACAGGGAGGAGACAAAAACAUUUCAACAUGUUUAUCAGAUGGAACAUGGGAAAAAAUAUCUGUUAUGUGUACAGCCCACUGUGGCCCUGCACCAGACGUACCGCACGCAGAUGUAGUGUGGGACAAUAGCACUAUAGCCAUCCAUCGCUGUGUUACUGGAUAUUACAGUCACACAGGAAGUGACAUUUCAAUGUGUGACAUCACAGGAAAGUGGCAGGUAGCCACUCUACACUGCAAAGAGGUCAAGCUGAUCAUAAAUGACGUGAUAGUGGUUAAUGAAACAUGUUUACGCUGGCAAGCAGAAUAUGAGGGCCAUACGGAGACAUACAUUGUGACGUAUGUCGGUUCGCGAGACUUUGAGCAAGCGUUCGGUGACAGAGGGCAAAAGCUUUUCAGCUCUUCUGCCAUGUGGCCCGUCCUCUGCUUAAAUCUUUUGCCUGCCACAAACUACACGAUAACCAUCACAGCCCAGUCAACACGAGCCACCACUAAAGUUACAGCAAAUACUAGCAUACCAGUCCCCACCACACCAGAUGUCAAAUACACUGAAGUAGAUGAUCCAUUGCCCACUCUCAGAUUACGGAGAUCGACCAAUUCACUUGACUCAAUAUGUAUGUUCCAGGUAUUUGUGGUGCCCAUCGAGGGUGUUUUGCUGUUUGACUGCGGCUCAUCUGUUAGUCCACGGUUCUCCACACAGCAGAUGUGUGAUAGAGGAUACGUCACAGCUCAGAUACAGCUCAGGGGUCUGGCCAUGGACAUGAACUUCACUGUAGGGGACCAGCGGCUAUAUGAAAAGUUUUUCAACGCACCCCUGGAGAACGGAAGAGACUAUUAUAUUAUUCUGCGCACUGUCUGUCAGUGGAGAAGGUCCAGAAAACAGUCUUGUAUAAUCUGGGCCAAAGUCAGAGGAGCAUCCUUCAUCAUGAAGGUGUCUGCUCUUGUAACCGUUGGAUUAAUAGGUGCAGUCGGCUCAGUCAUUAUUUUUGGAUAUUGGUACAGCUGGUACUCUAAAAAGCCCAGUCCCAGAUUUUCUCCAGUUUUAUAAGUCAUCUUUGUAUUUCAAUUCUGUUGUCUUGAAAUAAAGCAGAUAAUUUUGUGAUA